AUGGCAGCUCGUACAUUUACACAGCCCUCAUCCCUAGACGACACACUGCAAAAAGCUUCCAAGAUGACCAGCGAUGUGGCAUCUGUGGCAACUCGUUCCGAAGCAUCAGCAAGAUACAGCACCCAGUCCUACUCUCCUGAAGCACAGGCUCCGCUCGCAAACCACACCAAUCCACACUCGAAGCCAGGCAUUACAUUUGCCCAUCAAGACAGUCUUCCAAAGCUUCCCAUCCCAGAGCUUGAAAGCUCAUGCAAAAAGUACAUUGCUGCCCUAAAGCCUCUCCAGACGCCAAAGGAACACAGUGACACCGUCCAUGCGGUAGAAGACUUCUUAAAAUCCGAGGGCCCGGUACUUCAAGAGAAACUGAAAAAGUAUGCAAGUGGAAAGGCAAACUACAUUGAGCAGUUCUGGUACGAUUCAUAUCUGAACUACGAAAAUCCAGUCGUACUCAAUCUAAACCCCUUCUUCUUACUGGAAGAUGACCCUACCCCGGCUCGCAACAACCAAGUUACUCGCGCAGCGUCAUUGGUGGUCUCAGCAUUAGCAUUCGUCAGAGCUGUUCGUCGAGAAGAGCUCCCUCCCGACACCGUCCGCGGCCAGCCCCUGUGCAUGUACCAGUACUCACGUCUGUUUGGCACCGCGAGAAUACCGACCGAAAAUGGAUGCCAGAUCGGUCAGGACCCAACCUCCAAGCAUAUCGUUGUCAUGUGCCAUGGCCAAGUUUACUGGUUCGAUGUUAUGGACGACAAUCAUGACCUGAUUAUGACCGAGAAGGAUAUUGCCCUCAAUCUGCAGGUUAUUAUCGAUGACGCACAGGAGGUACCAAUCCAGGAAGCCGCCAAAGGAGCACUGGGUGUGCUGAGCACAGAAAACCGAAAGGUCUGGGCUGGUCUUCGCGACGUCCUCCACAGGGAAGAAGGUUCCAACAACUCUGAUUGUCUGAACAUUGUCGAUUCUGCGCUAUUCGUACUAUGCCUUGACUACACCGAGCCACAGACGGGCGCGGAUCUUUGCAUGAACAUGCUUUGCGGCACAAGCAAGAUUGAACGCGGAGUCCAAGUAGGCACAUGCACAAAUCGCUGGUAUGACAAGCUGCAGAUCAUCGUUUGCAAGAACGGAAGUGCAGGUAUCAACUUUGAACACACUGGCGUUGAUGGUCACACCGUACUACGAUUCGCUUCCGACGUCUACACAGACACUAUCCUUCGCUUUGCCAGAACUAUCAACGGCAGUGCGCCCAGCUUGUGGGCUUCAUCAAGUCCCGACCCUGCUAAGCGCGACCCAGAAAGCUUCGGCGAUGUCCAAACUACACCCCACAAACUGGAGUGGGACAUGGUGCCUGAGCUAGGGACUGCCCUGCGCUUCGCUGAGACCCGUCUAGCAGACCUCAUUCAGCAGAACGAGUUCGCGACGCUUGAAUUCCCCCACUAUGGAAAAAACUUCAUGACAUCGAUGGGCUUCUCGCCUGAUGCCUUUGUUCAAAUGGCCUUUCAGGCUGCUUACUACGGUUUGUACGGCAGGAUCGAGUGUGUAUAUGAGCCUGCCAUGACCAAGAUCUUUUACCACGGGCGAACUGAAGCUAUUCGAUCCGUCACGGAAGAGUCGGUCGAGUUCCUAAAGACGUUCUGGGGCGAGAACCCUGCGGCGCAGAAGAUCGACGCACUUCGCAAAGCCUGUCAGAAGCACACCGAGAACACCAAGAUUUGCUCAAAAGCACAGGGCCCAGACAGACAUCUUUACGCGCUGUAUUGCAUAUGGCAGCGCGCUAUCGACGAGUCCCAGGAAAUAACCAGCAGCGAUGGUUGGGACUCGACAGGACCGUCAAGCGCCAAUGCUUCUGGCGUCACGUCACCUAACCGUAACUCGGUUCUUUCAGAGAAUGGUUCCAUUUCCAGCUCGCCACCGCAUGCGCCAGUACAGCACUCGAUGCCUGCACUCUUUGCAGACGCUGGCUGGGACAAGAUUAACCAAACCAUCCUUUCCACUUCAAAUUGCGGUAACCCAUCUCUUCGCCAAUUUGGCUUUGGCCCUACAUCUGCUGAAGGCUUUGGCAUUGGCUACAUCAUCAAGGAUGGCAGUAUUUCCAUUUGCGCAUCUUCCAAGCACCGACAAACAAGCCGUUACAUUGACGCACUGGAAUCAUACUUUCUGGAAAUCCGCAAACUGCUGCGACAGAUCAAACGCCGUGGUACUUCUGCUGACAAGACGGCCACGCGAGCGCGCGAGGCUGAGGACAGACCACUGGCUAGUCGCGUCAAGAGCAGAGGAAAAAUUAUCCUAGGCGAUGGAGCCAAACAACAGACGCCCUCGGAGAGCGUAGCAGACGACGAUGAUGACGAUGGUCUAGGUGGAUGUAGGACUCCCCCUUCCCCCCCUUCUCUACUUUCCCUUGAUGAGAUCUCGAGCGACGACUCUCCUUCUACUUCUUCUUUUUCACGUACGGCCCUCCCGCCGACCCCGCCUCACUCGCCGCCGUUCAAGCCCAUGACGGCGGUCUUGUCAAGCUCACAAUGGAAGCCGAUACCUGUUGUUAAGACGGUGCGAGCGAGGAGUGGAACGCAGGGAGCGGCCACGAAGAAGAAGCCGAUUUUCUAUUCUUCUUGA